AUGUUAGCGCAGUUGCUUUCUUAUAGCAUUUGUCUUUUUCUGAUUGCAUCAGACGGUCGCUUGAUUAUAAUCAUGUCGGAUAUUCGUAGGUUUGCACUUGAAGCUGUUUUUUUUCCGGGAGGGAAUGAUCAAGAUGCACAGGAAGGCAAAGUAGGAAAAGGAGAUUCUGGCAAGAUCUCCACAUCAACGAAAGGGUCCAUACCUGGUGCAACUCAACAAUCCAAAAAUGACAACUUGAGUGCUACCAUUUCUUCAGCAGUUGAAAAUCAGCGUAACCGGAAUUUAUCGAGGAAUGUUAAGCAAAUUUCGAAAAGAUUUCCAGGGAGAGAUUACAAACUGAUUCAGAAAGUAGAGGAGAAAGUUGUACAGGAGAAAAGUAUACGAACUGGAAGUCCUAGACGCCGAAAGGCGACAUUGUUACAUUUUGCUCCAACAAACGAGUUACCGGAUGUUGCGCGUGUACAACUGCUGCUCAGUAACAUUAGUGAACGGCCAUUACAGUUUAAACUGAAAAGUGAACCGGGCGCACUGCCAAGCUCAAAAGGUCAUAUUGAUGCUCACGGUUCAGCGAAGUGUACUUUAACAUGGCGCCGUGAAGCAAAUGUCGAGAAGUGGUCAAAUGCACAGCAACCAAAAAUGCUUCUUAUUCUGGACUUUCUUCGUGAUAAAAUGAAAGAUGAAAAACAUACGAUGACAAGACUAAUUGGUAAGGUUGUAUCCGGUCAAACUUGUGAUUCAGACAAACCACCCGUCGAACAGCUAAUGCUGGAUGCAGUUACUAAUGAAUAUUUCCGAUCGAUGUCAAAAGAACCUUUGAUACUCGAACAAGCGCACACUCCUAAAAAAGAGACGGAAAGAGAAAAGAAUGAGGCGGUGGAAGGUAUGGAAGGUAUAGUCAAUAAUAUUGCAGACUGGCUCAGUCAACAAUCAAAAAAUUCUCUACUUGGAUUAUUUAUGUUGAUGAUAUUUUUCUAUUUUCUGGGUACCUUAAAUAGUUCCAAACGAAAACAGCAGGAUGAGUAG